GAUGAGUUUUCCAAUAUUUCGCUGUUUGAUCUUUUGUCAUUCCUCUAUGCAGAGCACACAGAGACGGUCUAAUGUUCAGGGUACAUCUGAGUGUGAACGCCAUUCUGCAGCUCACUGACAUUAAGAUGAAACCAGGCUUCAGUGUUUAUAGGAAACUGGCAGGGUUGGAGUGGCUUACAGGGGCAGUUCGGUGGAAGAGCAACACUAGACCAGCCCCAAUAUUGACGGCUGCUCCAGUUCGCGCCCUCAUUGACGAGCAGAUGAGCAUUAAAGGACACUUCCUGCCCCCACACUGUCCUGUCACAGUGUGUGCAAGAAUGCACAGUGAUGAGGGAGACCUAUGGCAGUCAUUUGCUCAUUAUAAUGCAAAUGAGAGUGGAGUUUUAAGUUUAACCCGUGAUCCUUCUGUUGGAGGCUCCUAUUUGGGCUGUGAGCCGAUGGGACUCUUCUGGAGUAUCCAGCCAGCUCCUGGAGAAAGAGAAGGUUUGAGACUGAGGAAGAAAAAUGUGGAGACUCCUUACAUGGUGCACAUCUCCCUCCUGGAAGGCCACGUCUCACCCAGUGAACAGCAGAUUACGGAGCUGGCAGCUGUAACUGCUGAACGGUGGUACAUCGCACCAGGAGUGAAGAGAAUAGAGAUUCGUCAAAAUGGAGUUGUAGGGACAUUGUUCGUACCUCCUGGCCCAGGCCCGUUUCCAGCCGUACUGGAUCUGUGGGGAAUGGGUGGAGGACUGAUAGAAUACCGCUCCUCUCUCCUGGCAUCCAGAGGUCACAUUAGUUUUUCUCUUGCCUACUUUGGGCACAAAGAUCUACCUAGUCCACCAAAUUGUAUCAACGUUGGGGAUUCAUAUUUUAAGACUGCCUUCCAACUGCUUCAAGAUCACCCUCAGGUCGUUUCAGACAGAAUCGGGAUCAUCGGUCUCUCCUUCGGAUGCUACUUGGCGCUUCGCAUUGCUACCAGAACCGGAGUUCAACCAUCUUGUUUGGUUUGUAUCAAUGGCCCAAUGGGAAGUACGGUGCCACUCAUAAAUGCAGAUGGCAGGACUGACCAGUUUGAAAGUUUCCAGGAAUAUUGGAAUUUUGAUGACGAGGGACGCGUCAUUUUCAAAGAGAUCUCCUUGCCUGCUAAUCUUCUUCCCGAGAGCUUGGUUAAGCUGGAGAAGCUCGAUUGUCCUCUGAUGUACAUAGUAGGUGAAGAUGACCUGAGCACCUCAAGCACUGAGAAUGCAGAUCUGAUUGAGAAGAGUCUACAGUCUGCCGGUAAAUCCCACCUGUUGACCCGCUUGUCGUAUCCCGGCACUGGUCACCUGAUUGAGCCACCCUAUUCUCCGAAUGCAAGAGAGUCCAUGUGGGUCAUCAAGCCGAAGAAAUUAAUCACAAUGUGGGGUGGCCACCCUGCACCCCAUGCUGCUGCUCAAGAAGAUGCCUGGAAGAAAAUCCUGGAUUAUUUGGAAAAACAUCUGAGAAGUUGAAUGUCUGGAUAGAUGCUGAAUUUGAGAAUGUUUUACAUGCGGAACCUCAAAUUGAAGCUGGUGUUCAAUUUGCACAAAAACUUCAAAAUCCAUUUGUUGCUAUGCGGCAAGUUGCAGAUUAUCCACAGGAGGGAGCUGCUUGGCCAACCACUGGACACGCAUUAGUGAGGGUGGAAAUUCAUCGCAACAGCACUGGGCUGCUGCUGGAUAAUAGUCUCUGAAUUUGUUUUCAGUCUGUACUGCACCAUCUAAAUACUGGCCAUUUUAUUUCAUCUAGUAGAGAGUUCAUAACAGAGUACUGAUCUGUGCAAGCUGCUUCCCAC